AUGUGCCGUCAAUACUACACUCUAUAUGAGUGGUGCCAUUGUGAAGAGGACGGCGGCCAAAGUGUUUGCUCUGGGCACCGUCGCAACAGUUGCCCGGGCGUCAGCGUUGAAACAGUCCACAUGCACUGUUUUUGCCACACUCACGCCACGCGUGGAUUCAAAACUGAGAAACAGACACGAAAGGAAGCAGACAAGAAUCGUCGUCGAUCUCAGGAGUCCCUAGAUGAGAAGUCUUCUCUGGGUCGUCGCUGGUAUCAAUGGUAUCAAUGGUAUCAGUGGCGUGGUCUUUGGUCUCGCUAG